GGCGUCGGCGGUCGCGGCCAUCGCGGGCAGGACUGAAGGGACACGGGUGCGGGCGGCCGUAGGAGCCGCUGCGGACGGGCGGGAGCGGCGAGACCCGCCGCAGGCCGGGCGGGUGACCGAGCGCCCUCGGCAGUCACGAACACCUGCAGACGCGCCUGCGGGCUCCGAGGGGCUUGGUGGGCAUGUCGGGGGCCGGAGGAUCGAGAGGGCAUCCGGCUCGGGCGUCGCCCAGCGCGAGCCCACAGCAGCCAGGCUGAAGGGUGUUCCCGAGCAGGGAAAAGGGCCUGCGAGCCGACAGCGUAGUCGAGGAGUUAGUCCCGGACAGCUUCCCGGAGCCUUGGGGAAAUCGGUGUUUUCUUCUCCCUCCUCAUCACGGAAACGGGAGAGGAAGCUGGUGCCCAGCCCCGGUGCCGUAUUACUGUGUAUAUCCUGUGUGUGCAGUGUCUUGUCUGUUGCCUUCUUCCUUGAUCCAUUUGUCAGCUCCGUGGUCCCUACUGUUCUUGUGGAAGGAAACUUACUGUUCUCCUUAAUGUGUAUGUCGGGAAGGAAAAUGCAGAGCAUCUAGAGGAAUUCUAGGUUAGGUGAAAUUUCCAAGAUUAGGAAUUUGUCCCACCCCACCCUGGGGCCUCUGAAGCACCUGCGCUUGCUCCAGACCUGCUCUGGUCGGUGCUGAGGGCCUGUCGUCUACCCUUGCGGAGUGGUAAGAGUAAGUCUGUUCGCUUCCUCCGUCAUUCUCUGCCAAUUUCACCCGGCUCUCCUCCUUGCUGAAGGAUUGACACAAAGCCGUCUGCUGCUAGGAACAGGAAAUUUAUUGAGAAAUAUAAAUGUGCAUGGAAUGAAUUCAGAUCCUAGCAAGAUGCCUUCCACCACUGGCCAGGCAAUCCCGAGUACCUACCUUAUCCUUUUUAUUUCCCAUAUAUUUUAUUUGCCAUUACGUUUUUUCCAUGGAAUUCUAGGAAAGUGCUGUUUCUUGUACAGAGUGGCCGUACACACAAUAUAUUUACUACUUUCUGUAUCUCAAUAUUUUUUUGAGGGUGAGUGCAGUUUGUGACUGGAAGACAAUGUUUUCCAUCUCACAUAACCCCGUAAGUAGAAUCAGAAGUUCCUUCUUGAGUAGGGUUUGGAUUUUUUCAGUCUUUAAAUUGGUAAAUCUGGGUGAACUCAGGGUUGUGAGCCUUAGCAUAUGGGCUUGCUUAGUAAUAGAAAAACUGUCUGGCUUGUUUUUGCUGCCUUUUUGGGCUUGUUUCGCUGUCCCCUUUUUUUUGUUGGAGGGCUGGUCGGAAGGAAGAAAGCAAAUAUCGAGGACAGUGUUUACACGUGCGGCUAAAGUCAGCAGGAGGGCGAAAAUGAAAGCAGGCUGUAGCAUCGUGGAAAAGCCAGAAGGAGGUGGAGGGUAUCAGUUUCCCGACUGGGCCUACAAAACGGAGUCGUCGCCGGGCUCCCGGCAGAUCCAGCUGUGGCACUUCAUCCUGGAGCUGCUGCAGAAGGACGAGUUCCGCCAUGUCAUCGCCUGGCAGCAGGGAGAGUACGGGGAGUUUGUCAUCAAGGAUCCAGACGAAGUGGCUCGCCUCUGGGGCCGCAGGAAGUGCAAACCACAGAUGAACUAUGACAAGCUGAGCCGGGCCCUCAGAUACUAUUACAACAAGAGGAUCCUUCACAAAACAAAAGGGAAAAGGUUUACUUACAAGUUUAACUUCAACAAACUGGUGAUGCCCAACUACCCUUUCAUCAACAUUCGCUCAAGUGGUGUGGUUCCCCAGAGUGCACCACCAGUGCCGACGGCCUCUUCCCGGUUCCAUUUCCCACCUCUAGACACGCAUUCUCCUCCUGGCGAUGUGCAGCCGGGGCGGUUCUCUGCUGGCACCCUGAGUGCUUCUGGCCCCGAGUCAGGCGGUACCACCGACAGAAAGGUGGAGCCUUCGGACCUAGAAGAUGGCUCGGCCUCUGACUGGCACCGCAGCAUGGAUUUCUUGCCCUCUCGAAAUGCUCUUAGUGGAGGAGGGAUUGGCCACCAGAAACGCAAGCCUGACGUCAUGCUUCCUCUCUUCACUCGGCCAGCAAUGUACCCUGACCCCCACAGUCCCUUCGCUCUCUCUCCGGUCCCUGGCCGCGGCGGUGUCCUAAAUGUACCCAUUUCGCCAGCCCUGUCCCUGACUCCCACCAUGUUCUCCUACAGUCCCUCACCAGGCCUGAGUCCCUUCACCAGCAGCAGCUGCUUCUCCUUCAACCCAGACGAAAUGAAACACUACCUUCAUUCCCAAGCCUGUUCUGUGUUCAAUUACCAUCUGAGUCCCCGGACUUUCCCCCGCUACCCAGGGCUCAUGGUCCCGCCGCUGCAGUGCCACAUGCACCCUGAGGAGUCGUCCCAGUUCUCUAUCAAGCUGCAGCCCCCCCCAGCUGGACGGAAGAACCGAGAGAGGGCAGAGAACAGUGAGGAGCCCACGCACGGGGCUGCACCGACCAGUGCACCCGUUCCCUCUCGCGUGAAGGUAGAGCCCAUCUCUGAAAAGGAUCCCGAGAGCCUCAGGAAGUCCACCCAAGAAAAGGAGGAGCACUCCCACGGAGCGAGCACCGUGCAGACCAGGACCAUGGAGGAGGGGAAAGGCACAGUGUUUGCCCACCCCUCGCCCACCUGGCCCUCUGUAUCUGUCAGCACCCCCAGUGAUGAGCCCCCAGAGGCCACUGAAGACAGCGAGGACAGGUCUGGCAAGGAGCCCAGUGCACCUGAGAAGAAAGAAGAUGCCCUGAUGCCCCCCAAGCUUCGCUUGAAGAGGCGGUGGAAUGACGACCCUGAGGCCCGGGAGCUGAGCAAGACCGGCAAGUUCCUCUGGAAUGGGGCAGGACCCCAGGGCCUGGCCGCAGCAGCCACUGCUGCUGCUGAUGCUUAAAACCACAGUGGAAGGCAAGCUGUUGGUGUUACAAUCAGAUACACGUAUUUAUGUAGCAAGAUUCUGGGGUGGGAGGCGGGGUUAAGCUGGUUUGAUAAUUCUGGGCAUGGACUUGUACUUUUCUGCUGGGGAUGGGACGAGUAUCUUGUGUUGUAAAUUAAGUGGGGUAUAGACACACUUUUUCUUGGUGAGUAGGAUGUAGGGAGGGUAUUGAACUGUGGGGAAAGGAGCCUGUUUAAGACUCGUGCUGCCAGACACGCUCCAGAAGGGCCCACUUUGUAGUCCCGUUACAGUUCAGGAUCCAUAGUGCUUCCUAUUGUAUUUAUGCAUAUAGAAAGCACAUACUAGGGAAGAAGAUUGGGUGGUAAGCAACAAUACUAAGCAUGUUAAUCUGAAAUAUUUAUUUCAGGAGAGAAAAAAGAUAAUUUCAGUCUUACUGGAGUAUGGAACAUUUUUCUACUCUCCCCUUCCCUCUUGCUGGAGCACACACACACAUGCCCUCUCCCACACAUACACACUCACAUGCAGUCUCUCUCUCUCUCUCUCUCUCUCUCUCUCUCUCUCUCUCUCUCUCUCUCUCUCUCUCACACACACACACACACACACACACACACACACACACACACACACACAGCCUGUUUUCCCCUUUUAGAAAAUGUUUCGAGACACUUUGAGUGUGCUGCCAGUUAUAAUGGGCAGGGCCACCUGGCCCCUCAGCUUCAGAGCUGAGGUGGGAGGAAGGAAGCCCUGCUGCAUGCUCCUUGAACUGUCACCUACUUCACCUGUUACAAAGCCAUGAGGAGUUGUAAACUCUUGAUCAGGGAAGAAAGGGCAGGAGGAAGUAACCCAAUGCCUUUAAAAACAAAACAAAUGACAGAAAUGGUCUUCGUUUUUCUUUUUCCAUUGUCGGUUUGGGAAACCAUACCAAGUGUGACUGAGCAAGUUUUAUGGAGAGCAGAAUAGCGCCGUUGAAGAUGUUUUUCUGUUGUGUCUGGUUGUCUUACUGUUUCUUAAGUCAAGCCUUAACUAUGAACAUGCUUUAAGAUGAUACGGGUCUGUCAGCAUAAACCUGUAAAGGGCAUGGCCACUGUUCAGAUAACCCAGGAAUGUUGAGGCAUAGUUGAUUCCUAGCUGAUAGAUGGUUCUUCCCUCUGAUGUUACCAGGCUGGGGGGUAGUGAAGGGCAGGAACGAAAGAUGUAAGCACAGAGUAGCUGGGAGCAAGUGUUGAAACUGAAGGAAAAGGUAGGAAGGUGGUGACCAGACGCCUGUUAACCAAAAGUUACUAGAUGCCAAAAGGCCUGGUGUGGGGGAAAGAGCUGGUGCCUGCCCUGAGGGGAUCUCGUCACCCUUGUGAUCCCCAUUCGCCCAGAUUGAUUGUGGUCAGUGGACUAUUCACAACAUCGAGUUCACAGACAGGAGUCACCUCUUUGUGGGAAAUUCCAGUCAGCAGUGUCUAAGGAAUGGGAAGAUAGUGAUUUUACCUGAAAUACUAUAGGAGUAGAGAAGAAAUGGCUCCAUGUCUGCUGAGGGAGGCGUGGCAUUGGAUGUCCGUGGUUCUGACUCCACCACUUUAGCCUAGUUGAAACUUGUACUGAGUAACACUUGAGUGCUGUUUUUGAUGGUAGGGUAUUUGGUUUUUCUUUAACUAAAAUGCAUGCACAAAAGAAGCUCAGGAGACACUAGCUGGCUUGGGAUGACUUGAGGCCAUCAUGGCUAUUUCUUGAUGAGCGUUCUGUCACUUGGUCCAGGUUCCAUACAUAAGGGACUGUCUUUCCCCAGGAAAGGGACUGAGUGGCCUCUGGUGACCCAGGCUUUGGUUGGACCACAAAGGACUCACCACUCCUGCUGCCCUCGGUGGCUGUGUCUGAUCAGUUCCCUUCUCUUACCCUGACUUACCUCUGACUCUAAAGCAAGCCCAGCAGCUAGAGGAAGGCUCUCUGCUUGGUGUUGCCCAUCAAACCAGGGAGGCCAGCUGGCCACCAGUGUCUGCUAGAGGGGCCGGCCACAAGUGUCGGUGUGAACUCAGGAAUAGAAACACGGGGCCUUUAAAAUGAGAAGAGGAAAAUCCAUGAUGCAUACUCAUAACCCCCUAAAACCCAAGUGCCAGAAUUAAUCCCUAGAUGCUGCUUCCGUUUGAAUAAAGUCAUGGCUUUUACACUUGAAAAAACAUGCAGAAAUGUUGAACUCCAUGAAAAAUGCUUUUGGACUUUAUGAAACUAUGUUGUUUCCUUUGAUCACCAUCCCACCAGUAAUGUGUUGGUUGAUUGGUACUGCACACAGUUGGAGUUUGGAUCUGGGGAAGGGUCUGUCUACAGAGCAGAACUUGGGCUUGCUCAGAAGUAGACCAGGAAAUAAAGCAAUCAUUGAUACUUCCUGGGGUAAAGGAAUGAAAAUUGUAUUCUCUCCCAAGCCCCCUCCUGGCAGUUCCUGCCUCCAGCCUGGCGUGAAACAAGGUGGUUGCCUUCUGUGAACACAUCACUCAUAGUCCUACCUACUGUUGGUGAAAGGGGGCUUAAAAGCUGGACCUGCUUUCCUCUCCCUCACUUUUUUUCUUCUGAAUUUUGUUGUGCCAAAUGUGUAAAACUUUAUAGGUGUAAAUCUAUUGAAAUUCCACUAAUCAAGAGCUUGUUCAUUUAAACAGUUUGCUUUUUUAGCUGUAGAAAAAGUAGCAAAUUCUCAGGGGCAUCAGCCUUGCUGAGCUCACCUUUUGUUCUGAAAUAAAAUAGAGACAGAUAGAGUCCAUCUCCCCUAGGUGUCAGGCUGCAUUGCAUUAAACCCAGCUCAGUAACACAGGGAACCCUAGUGACCCAUAGGCCAAGGAACUUCCAGAAGCAUUAAAAAAAAAAAAAAAAAAAAGUUAUAUUCCACUGCCAAGUGGGUACAUUUAGCUGUUUGUCCCUUGUUUUUUAUUUAUUCCAUAAUUAUGUUUGUGCUUUUUCUUGUAUAAACAAUAGUGAGGUGUAUGUUUUUAUGUGGCUCUAUAGAAAACUUCAGUCUUCAAAGAACUGUUCCAAUUAGUUCCUUCUUGGGAAAAGUUAUGUAUUAAUUUGUUUCAAGAUAUUUAGGCGUUCUUUGAAUUAUAAACUUGUGAUGCAGGGAUUUGUGAAUGAGACAUUCACUUGUGAAGGUGACUUCACUAGACAUCUGUGUAAGCAGAAUAAGAUGUGUAUAUGUACAUAAGUUAUAAGGAACCCGAACACCAUUGUGCAGUGCCUUUUAGAUGUUCUGCUUUCUAAAGUCUUCAAAUUUUUGCAUAUAUAUUAUAUAUAUGAUGUAAUGUUAUAGAAAUAUAUGUAUAAUAUACAUAUUUUUUCCAGGGGUAUCUGAUAGCUCUGUAUUUUGUUAUGGAAGUCGAAAGAAAAAAAAGUAUUUUACCUCAAAAAUUAAAGUUAAAUUUAAAAACAAA